GAAAAAAACUGUAAAAUAGCAGAAGAAAGUUUUCAGCUUGCAUUUGCAGUUCACUCUCCUGGAGUGUGUUUACAGCGGCUGAAACUACAAAACGUUUGCUGUGGUGAUGUCACUGAUCACUCUUGCUCUGGUGUUUCUGCUCCUGAUUCCAGGAGUUUGUAGCCAGUGGGGUGAUUGGGGUGUGAGUUACAGUCCUUCACACAUCUGUGCACUAAAGGACUCAACAGUGAUAAUGAGAUGCACUUAUACAUACCCUACUGGACAUCAGAUCACGAAAGCGUUCUGGACCAAAUCACUGGUAAUAGAUCAUGGAGAGUUUCCAGAUCUGUCUAAGGACCCUGAAUACAGUCGGAGGCUUCAGUAUCUGGGAGAUAAACAGCAGAACUGCGCCGUCAGACUGAGUCAUGUGACACUGAAGGAUUCACACAUGUACUAUUUCAGAUUCAUCACUGAUAAACCUGAUGGAAAAUGGACUGGUAAAUCAGGAGUGAAUCUUACUGUCACAGAUCUUCAGGUGGAGUCUCCUGAGAGAGUGACAGAGGGAGAUUCAGUCAGUCUGACAUGUAAAAGCAGCUGCGCUCUGACUGACAGAGCAACAUUCAUCUGGUACAGAAACUCACAGCCAUUAACUGAGAGAAGAGACAGAAACAAUGAACUCCUGCUGCAGUCAGUCAGAAGAGAGGAUUCAGGCAGAUAUAGCUGUGCUGUAGACGGACACACUCACGUCUCUCCUGAUGUUCAGCUCAAUGUCAUGUAUCCUCCAGUGAAUCCUGUGAUCGCCAUCAGUCCAUCUGGUGUAAUAGUGGAGGGAGAUUCAGUGACUCUGAACUGCAUCAGUGACUCAAACCCUCCUGCAGAAAUCCGCUGGUUUAAAGGAAGAAAGAUUGUAGGAUCUGGAAGAAUCUUCAGCAUCUCAAAGAUCAGCUCUGAUGACAGUGGAGAAUACAAGUGCAAGUCCAUCAAUGAACAUGGAGAGAAAUACUCUGAUGCUGUGACUUUAAACGUCAUGUAUCCUCCCAGAAGCAUCUCAGUGUCCAUCAGUCCAUCUGGUGUAAUAGUGGAGGGAGAUUCAGUGACUCUGAACUGCAUCAGUGACUCAAACCCUCCUGCAGAAAUCCGCUGGUUUAAAGCAGAAAUGUUUGUAGGAUCUGUAAUAAUCUACAGAAUCUCAAAGAUCAGCUCUGAUGACAGUGGAGAAUACAAGUGCAAGUCCAUCAAUGAACAUGGAGAGAAAUACGCCGCUGUGACUUUAAAUGUCAUGUACCCUCCCAGGAGCGUCUCAGUGUCCAUCAUUCAGUCUGGUCAGAUUUGGCUGGGAGAUUCAGUGACUCUGAAGUGCAUCAGUGACUCAAACCCUCCUGCUCUGAACUUCAGCUGGUUUAAGGAGAAUGAAACCUCAGCUGUUGGAUCUGGACAGAGUUUCAGUGCACUACAGAGUGGACGCUUCUACUGUCAGGCUCACAAUCAACAUGGAUCUCAGAGAUCAGACGCUGUAACUGUACAUCGUGGUCAUGGCUGGCUCUGGUUGGGGAUCACAGUGUGUUUAGGAUUCUUCAUCGUCAUCAUCAUCAUUCUGUUUAUAAUGAGAAAACGAAGAGGUGCUAAAGCUGAAGACCUCACCGAAAAACAGGACAAUCUGUACUCUACCGUAGCAGGGAGAGACGCUCAUGUUUCUGAAUCAGCCGAUUGUGAUGACGCUCAGUACGAAAGUGUUACUCCCAGCAAACCCAGAAGAGACGGAAACGCUCCUGAAUGCAGAGACGCUGAGGAGAUCCAGUACGCAACUGUCCAACAUCACAGAAAGACCGAGACGAAGAGAGCAGAGGAGGACGAAAGCCACUACGACAAUAUCAGGAUUGGUCAGCCUGAUGCUGCCGUGAGGCGAUCAAAUGUGCAGACUGUGGAAGAGGCUUCUGUGAUCUACAGCCGUGUCAAAUGAGUAAAUGAGACCAUCAUGAAGACAAAGGCCAAAACAAUGAA